AAGGGAUGUACGCCGACAGAUUGCAGGAUUACUGCUGUGGUUUUAACACGGCUUAAUUUCAUUUGGUAGCUUUUCCCCAGAGUUUAUGUGAGGUCUACAUUUGAAAACAAGUCCGAAGGGAACUUGUAAAGAGAUCAUAUCAUGUUUUAGCACUUCCACUAAUACAUAUGGCUAACACGGAUAUCAGGGAAGGGUUCCUGUGCCCAAUAUGUCUCAAGGACCUAGGCACAGUAACACAGUUGCAGAGCCACUUUGAGGAAUCCCACUCAUCUGAGGACAAAGCUGUUUUUCAGCAGUUGAAGGGUUUAUUUGACAAAGCAAAGAAAAAGAUUUUGAAAGCAAUUGAUGAUGAAGAUGAUAUUCAAGGAGCAGGUUUUAUUGCAUCUGUGUACACAACUACCAGUGUAACAGGAUAUGACCCAAGCUUUUGGGAGCCACAAGAAUUGGGUGAAAUAAGGAGUCAUACAGACAUGUUCAAAUCUAUACGUGAUGCACGUAUAGACAGAUAUGUGAUAGAAACUAACAAACUUCUGAUCAGAUUAGACAAAUUAAUUGCAACUGAUGCACCAACGGAGCCAAACAAGAGAAAAGCAUUUGAAAAGUCUGUUGUACCAUGGAUACGAGACGGGGAUGUGCCAUUUUGUGUGACCUGUGGUCGACCAUUCACGCUGACUCGCCGCCGUCAUCACUGCCGCCUUUGUGGAGGAAUCAUGUGCGACCGAUGUUCACAAUUCCUUCGUUACUCUUAUGGAAAAAAGCUAACGAAUCCUGCAUUCACCUGCGAGAAUGAAUCCGGAUUUCUUCGGAGAUCUGACAGCAAUAGCAGCCUCAACUCGAUCAUGAGCCCAGAGGGGGAGCCUCACCUUCGUACUUGUGUUGAAUGUCGCAAAAUGUUGGAGCGAAGAGAUAAGCUUGUUGAGAUGAGGAAUACAAAGCCAACCAUUAUUUUACUUUAUGAUAAAAUGAGGUCUUGUUUAGAUGAGGCAGAACAACUCCUUCCUAGGUAUAACCCAAUGGUAGAAUCUCUGUGUCUUGGAGAAGCCACCUAUGCAUAUUUUGAAGCCCAGAAGCUGAGGGUGCAGCUGUUGAAAUUGUUUGAAGCUGUGGAUGUUCUAAGCAAGAGGAUUAUGAAACUGGGGAUGGAUGGAGCAGAUCUACCUUCACCAAAACAAACACAGCUGCAGAAAUCUAUCCGCAUUCAGGCGAGCAGCUUUCUGCAGGACAACAUGUUAACUCUGCAAUCACUGCCAAGUGAAGAAGAAUACAGCCAACUACAGGAGAUCCACAAGGCUAAAGUUCAAAAACGGAUUGCUGCUGAAAGACAGGAAGCCAUGCUGGCACAAGAGCGUGAGCGAAGGAGACAGGAAGAGCCCAAGUCUUCUUCAUCCAAUCAAAUCAAAGAUUCCGGACACAAGCGCAGUGACUCUCGUGAUAGUGUAGGCACUGGCUGGAAGCCACAUGAAGAGGUGAAACGAACUGUGGUGAGAAAUGCUGAUGACCCCAUGAUACAACAAAUGGACAUUAUCCGUGGAUACAUCAAACAAGCAAAGCAGGCUAUGAAAUACGACGAAGUUGAUAUGCUGGAACAAAACUUGAAAGAACUGCAGACAGAAUAUUGGAGACAACAAGGGGCAGAAAGUUUCCAAGCUUGACAAAAUUUGGUAUUACUCUUUUAUAUGCUUUGAAUCAAACAUAGAUUCAUUCAGUCAUUGCCACAUGGAUGACAAGUGCAUGUGGAUUUACAUGUGUUUUCCAUAAGUGACUUUAUAUUUCACCAUAUUCACUAAUUCUGUUUAAGUUUUUCAUUUGCCAAAUACUUUUCUAGCAUGUUUUUUUGUUUAGCCAUUUGUACACUCAUUGAAAUAUCAAGGCAUGUCAGUAUUAGAUACUUGAUAGUUAUCAGAUCACUAUUUAAAGAUCCUGUAUAAGCCUGCUGAGAAUAGUGUAUAAUUAAUACAUACACAUAUAUAUCAGAAGCCAGUGUAGAAAAUAUUUUCACAAGUGAUGUUCAACUGGACUGUGUUGUACAUAAAUACUGUGACAAGAUGUCUGUUGAGCUCUUCUUGGAUUGCUAGUUUUAGCAGACUUUGUACAAUUGAAUUGUUUUGUACAGUUCAACUCAAGGUGAGAUAGAUUCUCAGUAGUAAGCAGUUCCUUUGGUGGAACAUUUAAUAAACAGAACAGUGUUAUGCAGCAUGUUAUAUUAUCAUUUGUACAUUAGUCAGUGUAACAUAUUUUGUGCCACUGAGCCCAGAUAUGUAUGUCAUAACUAAAAAUGACAUUUACAGAAUUUGCUACUGCUUGCUUGCAAGUUAUUAUUUUAGUUUUAUUGUUAUUAUUUUGAAGUAUUGCUUUCUUGUUUAAAAAAAAAAGUGGAAGGGCCUCCAUGGUCCAGUGGUUAGGUGGUCAAGGACAGUGACUCAGGAGCAUCUCACCAGUGCAGAAGCAGUGAGUUCAAGCCCAGCUCAUUUUAGCUGCCUUCAAGAGGGUUUUCCCGGGGCUCUGUCUGGUUUCCUCCCACCAUAACUCUAUUUUCUUGUAGAAGUGAAUUAUUCUUGAGUAUGGCAUGAAAUGCCUGUCAAUUUAAGAAAUACACAAAAUAGCAUGUUUGGAACAGAUGCCAUGUAGAAGAUUUUAGUACAUGUUGAAACUAAUCCAGACUCUUCGAAAAAAAAAAAGGAAUAAAAUGUUAGACUAAUCUUGAAAAGUUAAAAGGUGCAAUGUCUGUAUAUGUCCCGUGUUUAACAAACAAAACACAUGGCCUAUAAUAAUGGAUAAGUCAAUACAGUCCUUCCUUUAGAAGAAUAAACUAGCUUAAUACAUGUACAUUUACCAAGCAAAUGUUAUAAGAACAUUUAAAUCCGUAUUACUUUAAAUUCUGCUUAAAGUUACUAGAUGUCUAUUCAUACAUGUACCUAACCGUUUGUAAUGACUUAAACUAACCCGUUAGUUCAGGUAAAUGUUUGUGUCACUAAGACAGCUUGCAACCGAUUUUAGUUAAUGUGCACUGAUACUGCUGAUGUUAAGUUCUACCCUUUUGAUUUUAAAGCAAUGAAUGAAGUACUUCCUUAUUUUUACAUUCCUGUGGCUUCCAGAUAUGUUUUGUCCAUGGUCAUUAGAAAUAAUGUUUAUUAAUUUAAUUUUGCCUAUGUAACUCAUUCAGUAUUAUGCUUUAAGCAGUUGUGAUUUUGUAAUUAAUAUACCUUUAUGUAGCUUCAUCAUUAUAUAGUCUGGUGUUAGAUAAUUUGUAUACAUGUAUGUAAUUAACAGUUUCCUUGAAGGCAAUGUGUUGUGUUACAAAACAUUAUUCAUUAAUUAUGGUCUUGAAUUUGUUGAUCCCAUCAUAAUAUUUUGUGCAUGAUAUUAACUUAAAGGCAUUAAAUGGCAAUGGGCUAAUCUGGGCCUGAUGGUAUUUUUAUAUCACCACUACAAUCAGCAACAGUGCAUUAUUGUCAGUCACUUGCUUUAUAUUUUUAACAGAGUUAAGUUUAACAAAGAAUGUACAAACAUUGAAUUAUUAAAUGAUAUCAAAUGUACAUGUAGUAGGAAAUAUUUUAGAUCAUACUUGUAUCUAAACUUGUUUUAUGUCUGUAAUUUCUCCUUUACCAUUACUAGUCAAUUGCUCGUCAGUGUUGUCCUUUCCUAUGUGUGCAAAAUUGCAUAAAUCACACAAACCUUUUCAUUUUGUAACUUCUAACACACUGGUUUCAGUAGAAAGAUCACCUCCAAAGCAGUAGUAUGUGUGGUCCAUAUUACUUUUGUGAUCUUGAAAACAUUCAUGAUUCAUUGUACUGUAGUUAAUACCAUGUACUAUAUCCAAGUGCACGUAAGAAUACAAAAUAUUAUUUGAAUAUGCCUGCCUUAGAAUAUAUCUCACUUUGAUGUUCUCCUUUUCAUGUAUGACAUCUGAGAUGAGAGAUGUGAUUCUCUGUAGAGUUCAUGGGUAAUUAGAAAGUGGUAGGCUAUACCUUACAUUGUCAUUCAAUAAUUAAACAAAUCAUCUCCACCAUUGUUCAGAUCCUUAAGUGAGCAAACGUGAAGAUUUGUAGAUGGUAAAUAGCUUUUAAAUGAUAUAAAUUAUUAAACUUACCACCCCAGUGUUGUCUUUUCCACUCCCAUGUAAACAAUUUUUUCAUGGAUUUACCGUCUUAUGCAUGUGUAAGUAAACUUGAUAACCAUGGACAUCCAGCAGUAUCAUUUUAAAAGCUGUUUAAGUUAUCAAAUUAGUCCCCCAGCCCUCCAAAAAAUGUACCAAAUUGAAAAUACUUUUAUGCAACAUACUAGUAUAUCUUUUGUCACCACAUAGACCCAUACGUCAGUUCAUCUGCUUUUAUUACUGAAUUUUAUUACUGUCCUUCACAGAGCAAAUCUGACACAGUUGUACAUCUGUUUUACCCGUGCUUUAUCAUGGCGGCAGUGUCACUGUGGUUGGGUUGACCUGUGAAUUUGCCUUGCACUGGAACUGAAGGAAAAAUCGUCGGUGGUCACCAAGAAGUGAACAGAUCUUGCAUUAUGAUUGUAUCUUCAAUUCUUGAUGCAUUAAUAAUUUUAAGUUCAGUGUAAUUUAUUGCAAUUGUAUGUUAUGUUUUGAGCUAUUUAUAGAAUCAUGUGGCAUCCCCAAAAGUAAACAUAUGCAUGAUGGAAAUGUCUUCUUGUUAAUUCUCUAUACAGACUAUAUAUUAUAUUUAAAUUAAAUAUUAGUGCUAUUCACUAAAAUACCUCUCAGGCCUAUUAAGCAGAGGUGUGAGAGAUGGUAUUUUUAUAUGAUAGGGGAGACACAGGCCCAAUGAAAUUGAUUAAAAUUGCUUCAACAGGUUACGAGAUACUGCAACCAUGUUAAAAAACAAACUUAGGACAUUGCAGAAACUUACCAUUGGUCACUGUAAAUGAAAAGGGUUUUGCUCCCUACGCCUAAGUUUACAUAUGGUAUAAGUUUGGUAAACCUGAUUGUAACAGAUUGAGAGAUUGAAUACUUACAAAAGUAUGGAUUGAUGAACACUGAGCAAUACAAUUGUACCCCCAUGGCUAAGGGGAAAAAAAAUUCGACAUUUUCAACUGCCUCUUGAAAUAUUCUGAGAAAACUGUAAGUGUAGAAAUAAUUUUAGCACUUUUAUGAAGCUUGCACCUUUAGUGACACAAAUCAUAUUUAGCAUCAUUUUCCUGACAAUUGUAUGCAUAAAUUCCCCUGAAAAAGGUGCUUUAAAUGUCGAAAAGGUUGAAAAUUUACAGUAAAUGGUUUCCAGCCACUUUUGAACUAAAAUAUAAACAACUUUAUAACAUAUAUUACACACUCAAAGCUGUACACAUCAUCAAUGGCAGUCUUCCAAGCAAAAGACACAUGGUGAAAUCAAUAUCUGUUUGUGUUUUGAAUGUUGUAUCUAAUACAAGCCAAAUGUAUUUACAUUCAGGAUAGACUAAAUAUUGUGUUUUCCUUAAUACUUAUCCAUACUUUUAUGAUGUAAUGCAUACCAUAAAGUGACACUUUAAG